CAAAAUCUGCCCAUCACCAAUUUUUUGAGCUCUUCUCAUUUUCCUUAAGUCACCAUGUCUAUAUAAUUAACUCUAAUUCCUUCGUUCAUCAACUCCAUCACCAAACUAAAUCAAUAAUAAUCAAUGGAAAUGUUGUUUCUUCUCAUUUCUACUAUGUUUCUUCUAGUAUUCCUAUCUUUAAUCUUUUACCAAUCAAGAUUACGCCAUAAAAAUCUCCCCCCUAGCCCUCGUGCUCUCCCCAUCAUCGGCCAUCUCCAUCUCCUAAAACAUCCCAUGCACAGAACCCUCUACCGCCUUUUCCAAAAGCACGGCCCCAUCAUUAUCCUCCGCUUAGGUUCUCGCCCGGUAAUCAUAGUUUCUUCAUCCUCCGCAGCCGAAGAAUGCUUCACGAAAAACGACAUCAUUUUCGCGAAUCGUCCUAAAUUACUUUUGGGCAAAUACGUAGCUUAUAACCAUACAACCGUAGUUCAAGCACCCUACGGUGACCACUGGCGCAACCUCCGUCGCAUAUGCGCCAUCGAGAUGUUCUCCACUCAUCGCCUUAAUAAACUCGCAAGCAUCCGAAAAGACGAAAUAAAGAGACUAAUGGUUAACCUAACUCGUAACUCGCUCCAAGGGUUCUCCAAAGUAGAGCUAAAAUCAAAGUUUCGAGAGCUGACAUUUAACAUAAUGAUAAGAAUGAUUGCGGGGAAGAGAUAUUACGGAGAUGAGGUGAGUGACGAAGAAGAGGCGAGACAGUUUCGGCAGAUAUUGAAGGAAACUGCAUCGUAUGGAGGAGUAUCAAACCCUGGAGAUUUCUUGCCGAUUUUGAAUUGGUUGGAUGGUGGUAAGUUUAAAAGAACUGUAAUUGGAUAUGCUAAAAGAAUUGAUGCGUUUUUUCAAGGACUGAUCGAUGAACAUAGACGCAAGAAGGCGAAUUUAGAGAGUAUGAAUAAUACUAUGAUUGAUCAUCUUCUUUCUUUACAAGAAUCGGAACCUGAGUAUUAUACUGAUGAGAUUAUUAAAGGGCUUAUACAGGUAAUGAUAUUUGCUGGGACUGAUACAACAUCGGUGACAAUAGAAUGGGCAAUGUCUAACCUACUCAACCAUCCAAAAAUGUUAAAAAAGACCAGAGAUGAAAUAGAUAAACAAGCCGGGGAAAAAUGUUUGCUAGAUGAAUAUCAUCUUUCUAAAUUACCUUAUCUUCAAAACAUCAUUUCUGAAACAUUAAGGCUCUAUCCAUCAGCUCCACUCUUAGUCCCCCACAUGUCGUCCACGGUUGGAGGAUACGACGUGCCGCGUGGCACGAUGCUAUUGGUUAAUGCAUGGGCCAUUCAUAGAGACCCUACAAUAUGGGAUGAUGCAAAUAUUUUUAAACCUGAGAGAUUUGAUAGUGGAGAAGCUGACAGGACAAAUAAACUGAUGCCAUUUGGUUUGGGUAGAAGGUCAUGUCCUGGAGCUGGGUUAGCUCAGAGAGUUGUGGGUUUAGCUUUGGGCUCGUUGAUUCAAUGCUUUGAAUGGAAAAGAGUGAGUGAGAAAGAAAUUGACAUGUUUGAAGAUAAAGGGAUUACUAUGCCUAAGGCUGAACCAUUAGAAGCUAUGUGCAAAUCACGUCCAAUCAUGAAAACAAUUCCCUCUUCACAUAUUUAGUAUUUAUGUAUUUUUGUUUUAUCAGAAAUAAACCUACUCAGCGUUAGUUGUUAACGGUAAUUAGCGAAAAUUAAUAUAUAUUAUUAGACCAA